ACUAACAGCCCCUCGGCAACUACACUGCCAGUCUCCCGAGAUGAAACCGUUCCUUGUUCUGCUCAUCUUACUCGUCACUGCGGCGGAAUCGGCCUCCAUUCCGCAUGUUCGGCGAUUCCUUGGCCACUUCGCCGGAUCCAGGCUCCGAAACAAUGCCGGCGCUGCCCUUAACGCCGCCCAAUACGAGACGCGCUUCUUCCGUCAGCGAUUGGACCACUUCAGCUUUGCCGAGCUGCCGGACUUCAACCAGAGAUACCUUGUCGGGAACACCGCCGGCCUAUGGUCCCCGCCGGCCCCCAUCUUCUUCUAUUGCGGCAACGAGGGCGAUAUCGAGUGGUUCUCUGAAAACACUGGCUUUGUUUGGGAGAUCGCCCCUAGCUUCUCCGCCCUCGUUGUCUUUGCUGAGCACCGCUAUUAUGGGCUGUCAAUGCCCUUCGGCAGCAAAGAGGAAGCAUACAAGGAUGCCAAGUCCUUAUCAUACCUUACGACUGAGCAAGCAAUUGCAGAUUUUGCUACAUUGAUCACUGAUUUGAAGCGAAAUAUGUCAGCUGAAGACAGCCCAGUUGUUCUGUUUGGUGGCUCCUAUGGUGGAAUGUUGGCUGCAUGGAUGAGGCUUAAAUAUCCGCAUAUUGCUAUCGGUGCACUUGCUUCUUCAGCACCCAUUCUGCAAUUUGAAAAUAUCAGCCCACCGGAGUCAUUCUAUGACAUUGUUUCCAGUGAUUUCAAGCGUGAAAGUAUGAAUUGCUUUGAUGUUAUUAAAAACUCUUGGGAUGUUUUGGAAGCUCAAGGGAAAUAUGGUGAUGGCCUUAUCAGUCUAAGUGGAAAAUUUAGGCUAUGCAAGGAUCUUAACAACACCGAACAACUUUCAGACUGGUUAGACUCUGCAUAUAGCUAUCUUGCGAUGGUGGAUUAUCCAUACGCCUCCAGCUUUCUUAUGCCUUUGCCAGCCAACCCCAUUAAAGAGGUUUGCAAAAAAAUUGAUGAUUUUCCUGAUGGUACCGAUAUUCUGGACCGUGUGUUUGCUGGAGUAAGCAUCUAUUACAACUACACGGGAUCUGUUGAUUGCUUUGAUCUUGAAGAUGAUCCUCAUGGAAUGAGUGGGUGGGAUUGGCAGGCUUGUACCGAGAUGGUCAUGCCCUUGUCUAGCAGGAAAGAAAGUAGCAUGUUUCCCCCAUACGAGUUUGAUUACCCUGCCUUUGCGGAUGAGUGCAUUCAGAGCUAUGGUGUGAGGCCAAGGCCAACAUGGGUAACCACAGAAUUUGGUGGCCACGAUAUAAGUACAGUCCUAAAGAAAUUUGGCAGUAACAUCAUCUUCUCAAAUGGACUGCUGGAUCCUUGGAGUGGUGGCGGUGUCCUUCAAAACAUAUCCCAUAGCAUCAUUGCACUUGUUACCAAACUAGGUGCACAUCAUAUUGAUUUGCGUUCUUCAACUACAGAUGAUCCAAAAUGGUUGGUUGAACUAAGGGAAACAGAGAUUAAACUAAUCAAAGGUUGGAUAAAUGACUAUUAUCAGGACAAGGCUUUUACAGCCUAUAGUAUUAUUCCACUAUUUAUUUAAAUUGUACGUAAUGUUAUUUGGGCUUUGUUUGGGACGACUUUUUUGCUGCUUCUUAAAGCAGCUUUUUAGUACAAAAAUUAAAAAUUUUGUACUAAAAAAUUGCUUUAAAAAAUAGUAAGAAAGCCGUCCCAACUGAAACCUGAAGCCUGACAAGUACUGUAAAGUUGUGUUUUGGGUACUGAAAAAAAUAAUUUCUUACCUUCUGUUCCAUGCUUUUCCUUUUGAUUGGGAGUUAGCCCAUGCUUCUUAUGUGAGUUUAAUUAACAAGGAUUGAUAUGAUGUCCCUUUUAAAACAUUGGGGGCAUCAAAAUAGUGAAAGUUUGUGUGAUCAUUAUCUUUUAUGGCUAA